AUGGCAAGCCCGGCAUUCUCAUCCCCUCAAUGGUACCGCAACCUCAAGGACACGGACAUCAGUACCGAUAUUGGUCGACUUACUAUCUACCAUCUGGGUUUCAAGCAAGCAGCAGAUGGUACUCUAAUAUUCCCGCCAUUAGACUUCUCUACCACUCCACGAGCCGUACUUGAUGUCGGAACUGCAGACGGCCUAUGGAUGCGCGAUGUUCAAUCCUCGCUGGCCACGCCGCCCCACGGUACACAUACGUUCACCGGUACUGAUCUGAACUCUUCAUUCUUCCCAAGCCCUAGUACCAUCCCCCCAAAUAUGACGUUUGUCAAGCAAGACAUCAACACAGUGCUUCCAUCAUCCUGGCAGGCAUCCUUUGAUCUCAUAAAUAUGCGCAUGAUUCUUAUCGCCGCUGGAUCCGGUGCAAAGCAGCGUGCCGUCGUUAACGAGCAUAUCAAGCUCGUCAAGCCCGGUGGCUGGAUUCAGAUCGGGGAUUGCGAUCGGAUUUGUCCGACGCCCGAGGAGAACCCGCGCUACGACGACAUGUUUACAUGCAUCCGGGCGGUAUGCCAGGCAUCUGGGGCGGAUCCCCUAGAAGCGCCGAAGAUGAAGACGUGGUUAGAGGAAGCCGGACUUGAGGACGUGCAGGAGCGGAGGGUGAUGCGGGCAGUAGGAAAGAGGAAUGUGGCGGAUGAGGAUUUGGGCAGGAAAGGCAUUGUAGCGGACUUGAUCAUUGCGCGGGCUUUUGCGGGAGCGGCAAAGGGUGAGUAA